AAUCAACGACCUACUUCUCUGUCUGUAUCAAGAGAAAGACGAAAUUAAAUCUAAGAGAAAAGAAAGAGGAGAAGCAUCAGUGAUCUAGUACCUAAGUCAUGUCUUUUUUCUUCAAACCUUCAAGACCUAAAACUCCAACAGAGCUUGUCAAAGCAAUCAAAGAUAGUCUCGUCGCUCUGGACACCAAAACUGUUGUUGAAGUUAAAGCCCUUGAAAAGGCCUUAGAAGAAGUUGAGAAGAAUGUUGUUGCUGUGAAACAAGCUCUUGCUGGAGAUGGGGAGGUUGAACCAAAUCCAGAUAACGUGUCACAAAUAGCGGUUGAGAUUUGUAAAGAGGAUGUUCUUGGCCUUUUCAUUCACAAAUUAUCUAUAUUGGGUUGGGAAGCAAGAAAAGAUUUAGCGCAUUGCUGGUGCAUUUUGCUUAGGCAAAUGGUUGGAUCUAGUUAUUGCUGUGUGGAAUAUAUUGAGAAUCAUUUGGAGCUACUAGAUUUCCUUGUGGUUUGCUACGACAACAAAGACAUAGCUUUGAAUUGUGGGAGUAUGCUGCGGGAGUGUAUCAAAUUCCCAACUCUUGCAAAAUAUAUAUUGGAAUCAACAAGCUUUGAGUUGUUCUUCAAGUACGUGGAGCUGCCUAACUUUGAUGUUGCAUCUGAUGCUUUUGCUACCUUUAAGGAAUUGCUAACUAAACAUGAAACUGCUGUCUCUGAAUAUUUGACUGCACAUUACGAAGAGUUCUUCGAGCUAUAUGAAAAACUCUUGACAUCCCCAAAUUAUGUAACAAGACGACAAUCUUUGAAGCUUCUCUCAGAAUUCCUUUUGGAGCCUCCAAAUUCCCAUAUAAUGAAACGUUACAUCUUAGAAGUUCGCUAUUUGAAAGUUAUGAUGACACUGCUGAGGGACUCAAGCAAAAACAUCCAGCUCUCUGCUUUCCACAUCUUUAAGGUCUUUGUUGCUAACCCCAACAAGCCACGCGAUAUUAUUGUAAUUUUGGCAAAAAACCAUGAAAGAUUGCUAGCACUGCUUCAUAAUCUUUCCGUUGGUAAAGGCAACGAAGACGAACAGUUUGAAGAGGAAAAGGAGCUUAUUAUUAAGGAAAUUGAAAGAAUAUCUCGCAUGCCAAAUAUCGUGUGAUGCCUCUAUUAAGUGAUCUAGGGUAAACAGAGGUUUUGCGUUUAGAUCCUAUAACUGUGCCAACUAAGAAGCUAAAGGCUGGCAUUGAUACAGGUUACUAAAAGACGGUGACAACCAUGUGCUUAUUGUAUGCAACUGCAGUUGAUCUUGCAUGACUAUAAAACUACCAUGUUAUGCUAUUUGUGUGCCAAAUUCAGGUGUUUAAAACCAUGGGUUGAAGUCUGAGUUUUAGGGUUCUGUUGGUUAUGUAAUGUAUGAAACACAUGUUAGCAUCUCUGGCCAUCCAACUUCAAAACAAUGACAUGUUCCUUUUCUUUCGAGGUAAUUAAUAUUUCUGCAAAUAUUUGGACAAAACCAAGUCACUGAAAGCUUUAUUGUGCUUGUUUUGUAACCCUUACCGUGCACUGAAUUUGUUUUCUGCUAGACGAA